UUUACACUUGACACCAAACAGUAUGGCAAACAGACUAUCGCACCGCAGCAACCAAAACUGUGCUCACUGAGGAUGCCAGUCGGUUUGGUUUCAUCACAUAAUUUUGAGAACUGUCACGUGUUCCUGGUUGCUCAUGUGACCCUGCGGUACGGACCAAUAGGGUGGCAGAGUUUGUCCUGGGCAGAGCGAAAGAAAGAGGGGAAAAAAAAAAUCAUUUUCCCUUUGCGAUUUUUAAUCUUGCAACGCCGAAAGUGGUCGUCAUCUACUGUAUCCUGCGCUACAUAAAGGUGUUUCUGUAUCUUUUUCAGGUGACCGGUUGGCUGACUCCACCAUCACACUCGCGUUGGCCCUUGAACUCCUCUCUCACGUGACCACGCCCCUUCCUUCACAUCCAAUCCCGACAUGGAGCCCAUCAAGGUCCAAUCAGAAGGUGGACUGAAUGUGACCCUCACCAUCAGGCUGCUGAUGCACGGCAAGGAGGUUGGGAGCAUCAUAGGAAAGAAAGGAGAAACGGUGAAGAAAAUGCGCGAAGAUAGUGGUGCCCGCAUCAACAUCUCAGAGGGGAACUGCCCUGAACGGAUAGUCACCAUCACCGGGCCAACAGAUGCUAUUUUCAAGGCCUUUGCCAUGAUAGCCUACAAGUUCGAGGAGGAUAUCAUCAACUCUAUGAGCAACAGUCCAGCCACCAGUAAACCACCUGUAACCCUGAGGCUCGUUGUCCCGGCCAGCCAGUGUGGCUCUCUUAUUGGCAAGGGAGGCUCCAAAAUCAAAGAAAUGAGAGAGUCCACAGGAGCUCAGGUCCAGGUUGCAGGUGACAUGCUCCCCAACUCCACCGAGAGAGCAGUGACGAUCUCAGGGGCCCCAGAAGCCAUCAUCCAGUGUGUCAAACAGAUAUGUGUGGUGAUGCUUGAGUCCCCACCGAAAGGUGCCACCAUCCCCUACCGCCCCAAGCCUGCCUCCACCCCUGUCAUUUUUUCAGGUGGCCAGGUAAGAGCAGACCCACUGGGGGCGUCCACAGCCAACCUCAGCCUCUUACUGCAGCACCAGCCACUGCCUGCUUAUACCAUUCAAGGACAGUACGCCAUCCCACAUCCAGAUCAGUUGAGCAAGCUCCACCAGUUGGCUAUGCAGCAAACCCCCUUUACCCCCCUCGGACAGACCACCCCUGCCUUCCCCGCAGCAGGUCUGGAUGCCAGUAACCAGGCCAGUACUCAUGAACUCACCAUUCCCAAUGAUCUAAUAGGCUGCAUAAUCGGACGCCAGGGAACCAAAAUCAACGAGAUUCGUCAGAUGUCUGGGGCACAGAUCAAAAUUGCUAAUGCCAUGGAAGGGUCAUCGGAGCGCCAGAUCACCAUCACAGGGACCCCCGCCAACAUCAGCCUGGCCCAGUACCUCAUCAAUGCAAGGUUUAGAGACGUGGCGGCCAUGUGGAAUGACCCAUCUUCCAUGACCACAUCCUGAGAUCCCUGACUGACUCCUCCGUUUGGCCCUUUCCAAUGACUGACUACCGCAGACAAUCCUGAUGAAGCCCUUCGGACUCUGGCUCUGGCUCUCCGAAAACCCUGACCGCCUUCCCGCUCUGAUUCAAAGUUGUUUAUACAUCAGGGAGGGUUGGGCGCUCAUUUUGAUUUCAGAGAGCCAAAUUAAAUUAACAAAAAAGAAAAAAAAAAGAAAUACAAAAAAGAAAUUCUCUGUUGAUUAGGUUUUUUAGAGAACUGUUGAAGCAUGUUGAAUGUUUACUAGGAACAACUUGUGUUAAUCUUUCUCUUCUUUUUCUCUCUAUCUAUUGCUUUCUCUUUCUCUCUGUCAGUGCUGCGUCAUAGAACAUAAUUUAAAAGUAUACACUUGUAAAAAAAUUGAGAAUUUUUGUAGAACAUAGUUAUCUGCAUAUUACAGCUGCGCAGUGAUGCUAUCGGCAGAGUGUGUGGUGGGAUGUAGCCAAAUUAUCAAAUUUUGAUAAUAUAUUUCAAAAACAAAAAAAAAUUGGACUGUUCUGCUUUUGUCCUAAUUUGCAUCUUUGUCUACUUACAAAUCCAAUUUCUACCCAUGACUCUUUGCUGCAUCACAUGACCCUUUUAAGCCAAUGGUAUCACUCCUAGAGCCUCCCUUCUCAUGUUAAUUUCCUAUAUUUACAUUAUUGCUUAUAUUGCAUGUGUUCAAUGUCGUAUCGUUGUGUAUUUGAGUAAACCUGUUCAGUGUAGGUGUUCCUUCAAAUGUUAUAAUUAUAUCUUUGUGCUUCCUUUCUUUUCCGCAAACUUUUUCAGCAUUUUUGGCCAUUCACGUCUAGUCCUACUCCCUGCCCAAAUGAAAAACUUUCCAACAUAGCCUCCUUCUAUCAACACCAAUUAUUAGUAUAUAGAUGCAUGAAUGGGAAUUAGUGAAAAAUCAGUGGCUAAAACACUAACUGAAAAUUUAAAUGAUUGUUUACUUAUUAUUAUACUGUAUUUGUUUUGUACAAGGACUAUUGUGAUUUAGCACAUUAGUCGACUACGCAGCGCUCAUGCAAUAGACUAUUCAACACUUUACUCUGGACUGCCUCUGAUGUGGGAGGAAUUAGUUGGACUUAAAAGCCAAGUGUUGCGUCCAAACCUUUCGGCUUCCUUCCCUUGUCUCAGAUAAAUUACGGGUCCCUGUGAAAGCUUUUAAAAGAGAGCGAAAAACAAGGGAAAGAAGCCGACUCUUCGUGGCAAAGAGGCCUAAACGUUUGGACGAAGCCGAAUGGUAUUUUUUGGGCCAAGGAAUGUUCAGGGGUUCAUUGGGGGGAACCCACGGGGCCUGGGCGGACGUGACCACUCAGUCUCUUUUUCAAGAUUGUUCAUCUUGUCUUUUUGUUGUCAUACGGUUGAUUUGACGCUUUAGGUUUGAAUGUCUUUUUAUUGUCAGCAACUUAAUUGUUUUUAUUUGAAAAAGGACAGGUUGGAUGACAAUUAGUACUGCUUCACUGGUUUUCAGUAAAACCAGCAUGUAUUUAUUUAUGAUGUGGUGAUGCACAUAAGACUUUUUGUUUGUCGAUCAUGAAACUUAAGCUAAGUUAGUUUUGUUGUAUUGUAUUUAAUUUGAGAGGGAGGUGUGGAUGAUAUUUGGUAUGGUUCAGUAUUUCAACCAUCCCUUGCGUGUUCGACUCAUGAAGAUGCUCUAAAUACUAUUGGGACAGCUUGAGUCAUCUCAUUUCCGAACAGCUGAGCUCAAUUCAGUUUUGACAUAAUACAAACAGCUGUUGAAUGUUAUUGUCGAAUCACAUGAUCUACUGUCCAACACAGCAGCAUUCUGCAUUUUCAGUGUCUCAAUUUCUUCAUACAUACCACUACUCUUGUUUUAUUUUACAAUAGCUUAUGCUGAGCUUUAAGGAAAAGUUUGACAUUUUGUGAAAUAUGCUUGUUCGCGUUCUUAUCAAGAGUUAGAUGAGAAGAUUGAUAUACCUAUGUCUGUAUGCUAAAUAUGAUCUGCUUAGCUUAGCUUAGCUUAGCUUAGCAUAAAGGCUGGAAACAGAAGGGAGCAUCUACCUGGCUCUGCAAAGCUAAAUAAAUGACUUUACCAGCAGCUAAAGCUUACUAAGUAGCAUGUUAAAUCUAGUGUGUUUAAUCACAAGAGUCAGAGUAACAGUUUCCCCUUGUUGCAGGCUUCGUGCCAAGCUAAGUUAAGCUAACCGUUCCCUGGAUGUAGCUUCAUAUUUAGCAGGGAGCUAACUCUCUGCAAGAAAGCAAAUUCAACUCUCAGAGUGCUUGAAAUAUUAUGAAAUAAAUUAAAUUCAUGAUGUCAAAGACCUAUUAACCUCAACCUAUUAACCGCCCCAGGGGAGCACGUCAGGCUUUAAAGCCAGUUUUCGUGGUGGCAAAAUAGUGUAAUAACAACUGCCAAGUCUGUCAUAUGAUGCUCUGCAGUCAAAAAAGACUGUUUUCCAUUGACUUGCAUGGCAAAAGACACAUUUGUAAAUUAGUGGAUACAUUUUUUGAGCGUCACAACCCCCACAAAGUGUCUCGGAUCAGCCAUUUGGUCCAUUAAUAUUGCAAAAUCUAAAAGGGCUGCAAGAUUAAACAAUUUUAUCCCCAUUCAAGGUACCAGAGCUUUAAACUUAAAGUUAGCCAUUUGGCCGGUGGCAGUUAGCUGCUUGGCAGCACUAGACUAGACUGGACUAGUUGCUGCUGUAAGUCUCCACUGUGCUUGCUGUAUGAACCAGACUGCGGAAGUAGUACCGAUCAUCCCUAGAUCGUCUGGGUAAUUUUAUAAGUGGCAGCUCAACCAUUUUGGCUUCAUUCACAACUUUCAUAAGAAUGAAUGAGGCCCUGCAUUCAAUGCUGUAUCCAGUUCUCUUCAUACAUCCAUGGUAUUAGGCUAUUUCUAUAUCCGGACCAGUUGCCCAGCAACCAUCAGAGACUCCAGUAAGAUAAUAGUCCUGACCAUGAAACAGUCUGGUACAUAACUGCCCAUAAACAACACGAUUGUUAAUAACUGAGUUUUAGAAGUUCUGAUAGGUGUAUUUUGUUACCUUUCGAUAGAGCCUGGCCAGCUGUUUACCUCUGUUUCCAGUCUUAAGGCUAAGCUAAGCUAACCAGCUGCUAGCAGUAAUUUCAUAUUCGGCAUACAGACAUGACAGUGGUAUUGUAUAUAUCUAACUCUUGGCAGGAAAGUAAAUGAACAUAUUUGCUUAAGUGUUGAACUUUUUCUGUAACUUUGGGUCUUAAGCGCUUUGAUGACAUAAAUGUGAUUAUGUAAAUGGACAAAUGCUGUAUCACUAUACUGAACCAUGCAUAGUCAAUGAUUAUUCUGCAAUAAUUCUUACAUUUUGAUGUGAACUCAAGUAGUAGUGCUAGCAUUGAAAUUAUGAAUUUGUGUUUCUUUUUAUUUUGAGUUGUCAUAGCUUGUACUUUAAUGGGAAUGUUUGUCAAAUGAACUAAAUGAAAUUAUGUUUUUGGGGGGCAAACGCUUUUUAGAACAGUUGGCUAAUACCUAAGAGGGCAUUCUUUCCCAACAGUAUUGUACGAGUAAAGAACAUCCUCAAGGGUAUUAUGGCUUUUAUACAACUGUUAUCAAUGCAUGUGUACCAUUGAAAUGUUUGCUUCAAAUUAGUACACAUAUGUAAGAAAUAAAAACAGAAAAACGAUGAUUGCUAAUGCUUAUUAGCACGGUUGGCACGUGCAUUUGACAAAGAUCUUGUGUUAUUUGAAUUUGAUCGCUAUGGCAGUGUGAUUUCAAUAACAUCAAUAUUCAUGUGUUACUCAGUGUUUGGAAACUGUAUUUACAUUUGUGUAUAUGCCUGAGUAUACUACGACUUUCAAACAAACUGCAACUAAUGCAAUAAUAGGGUGCAAUGUGCAAUUAUUUAUUCAGUUAUUAUUAGCUUAGAUACAGGAGAGCUGUGUAGCUUGUUUAAAAAUGCUUUUUUUAAUUUUAACCACAUUUCAUGUGGCAGCAACAACAGGAAAAGAAGAAUGACUAGACAUGUUUUUUUCAGCUUUUGUUUUGUGUAUUGCAGUUGGAGGAAAAAAAAGUGAUAGAACUUUGUAACUAUUUUUGAUUGAUUUAUUUGCUAUGUGCAGAUCUAUAUUAGUUGUGAGUAAUUACAUAGGUUUUAAUUUCAAAGUGUUGGUAAGUAUAAAAACAAAUAAAGUUUCAUUUUUUCUUUCUGU